GGAACUUCCGCUUGGGCAAAAAAUGGCGGCCACCCUUGUAGACUCACGUGUUGGCGUCGGGAAGAAGAAGAAAAAGUUACGGAAGAGGAAAAGGGUGAAGAUGAUGGAGGCGGCUUUGUCGUCGGAGUCGGAGCCGGAGCCAGAGCAGGGGGGAGACAGCCCUGGCGGCCGCCGCGGUUCUGUAGGAAGUUGGGAAGUUGCCAAAGACCAUUUUUCUUCUGAUGAAGCAAUUGAAGGUGAUAAUGAAGAUGAUACCAUAGCUUAUGACAAAGAAAAUGAAAGUGCAGCAGACUCUAAUGUUGGGACUAAUGCAGGCUGGGCAAAUGCCAUGGCUAAGAUUCUUAACAAAAAAACUCCUAAAAGUAAACCUACUAUCCUUAUCAAAAACAAAGAGCUGGAGAAGGAAAAAGAGAAAGAAAAACAAGAGAGACUGGAGAAAAGAAAACAGCUUGAUAAGAAGAGGGAAUGGGAAAUGAUGUGCAGAGUGAAGCCAGAUGUUGUCAAAGACAAAGAAGUAGAGAGAAAUCUUCAGAGAAUUGCUACGAGGGGUGUGGUGCAGUUAUUCAAUGCUGUUCGGAAGCACCAGAAGAAUGUUGAUGAAAAAAUGAAAGAAGUUGGAGGUUCUGUGAGAAAACGUGCAAAGUUGAUGUCAACUGUCACCAAGAAGGAUUUCAUUAGUGUUCUCAGAGGAGUGGACGAAAGCAAAGACAGCAAGAGUCCCACAGGCCAGAAUCCAAAAGAUAAACAGGCUAAAGGGAACUCAGAGCAGGGCUCAAGCUGGAAUAUAUUGCGUGAUGACUUUAUGAUGGGAGCAACAAUGAAAGACUGGGAUAAGGAGAGUGAUGGAGCAGAUAACACAGAAUGAAGCUGCAGAAGUGACUGACAAAUGACACCAUAGAGAAAUUGGAAUUCUUGAUAGAUUUAUUUUUCUGGAUAAAAGCCAUCUAAAUGAGUUUUGCAAUAUAAAGAUGGUAAUGCAGAUUCUGUUUAAAGAAAAACAACAGACUACCUUUAUUUUCACAAACUUCAAAAUUGUCCUUUCACUUAAUUUUUUCUUAGUCUUCAUCACAAUCCAAAACUAUUGUCCAAAACAGUUCUAAUUUUUAGCAUUUCCCCAAAACAUUUUAUAUAUCAAAAUAAAACUCUGCUUCUUGGUAUAUUUUGCCAAGUUCAUUACAAGUUUAAAUAUUAGUUGUGAGUCUUGGUCUGUUCUUGCAUUUCCAAAUUAAUAAUAUACCUAGAAAUGUUAUUAUCCACAGGUAAUGAAGAUGACCUAUAUUUAAUUUUUAACUAAUAUUUACUGCAUACAUUUUAUGCUUCCACAAGUUAGUAUGUGUGUGCUUAUUCUGAGUAAACGUCUUUUGUAUUUAGUAUCAUUUUUCUUUUAGAGGGAGUCAAGAAAAAUAUAGGUAAUAAAACAAAGUUAGAACUGUAGUUUUGGCUUUGAGUGAUUCAAUUUGAGAGCCAUGGAAAUUUAAUUAAAAAAAAAAUUACAGACCUGCAAGUCAGGGAUUCUUUUUCAUAUUAUUCUCUAGGUUUAUUUUAAACAUGAAAUCAUUUUGGAGAUAGGACUGCCGUUGUUUCUGUUCCCCCCCGCCCCAAAUCACAUGAUGUCUUGAAGAGUAGGUGAUUUUUUUUUGUUUGUUUGUGGGGGUUUUUUUGGAGGGGGGCAGUAUGCUGUUCUUUUUUUCUUACUCUGGUUUGGGUAAAGGAAGGAAAGAUUUGACUUAUAAGGUAUGUUGUAAAACUAGAAAUAUUGAUGUAAUUCACUGUAUAUAGUAACUGCAAAGAUUAGUAAUUUGGAUGAUAUUGACAUCAAAUAUUUAUCAAAGAUGGAAGAUAAGUUAGGAUUGAAUCUAUGUGGUUUAAAAAUAUUUAUGAAAUUGUCUUAUAGGCCAGUUUUUGUAUAGGCCAAACACAGGGCUAUACUAUGAUGAUAUUGAUGCUAAAUAAUUAAAAUUAAAGCUCACACCUUUCAUUUCUCUUAACAAACAGUAAAGUUCAAGAGUAUAAGUUACACUGAUUACUCUUUCGUACUAUUUUGCCUAACUUUUGUGCAAGAUUGUACUUUUGAAUGGUUUAUUUGAGAAUUUGUGAAGGUUUUGUUUACCAUCACAACCAGCUUUUAUAAAAAGAAAAGAAAUUAAAUCAGAGGAUUCAGGGUUCCUUAAUGAAAUAUGUAACAACUUUGGUCAAGUUAAAAUCCAUCCCAUUCUCUAUUAUUGCCCACUAAGAAUAGUUCCUUUAUUAUCCAUAACAUACUUGCAUCUGGUAUAUACUGUAGCAUACUCUUUCAAAAAAAAAAAAAAAACUCUUAAAGCUAAUAGCAGAAAUGUUUACAUUUUCAAGCUUAUUAGAGUGUUAAAGAUACUAGAUAUCUAAAGACACAUUAGCACAUGUCUUGAUAUUUAUUAUCAUAAAGUAAUAUACACACCCAGAAUAUCCAGGGCUAAACUUGGCAAAGCUCAAGAUGCCUUAAUCCUCACUUCUGAUCACUUAACAUCAUUAAAUUGUGGAACAGGUAUCUUGUUAGUAUAACAUAAGCAAAUAUACUGUCACUAUUAAUAUAACUAGAAUUCAAUAAGUAAAAUUAUGGAGUCCUAAUAGCAGUUAACAUGGCACAGUUAAUGGUGUGUCACUUUCCUUAUAGCACCCAGAACUUUAUGUUUUUGUUUUUUAAUUAGUCUUUUUAAGUUCUUGAAGUACAUGGUUUCUCUUAUGCUACUAAGCUCUUAAAGUAAGCAAGUAUUCUGUAGAAAAUAAUAUUAAUAUGCCAGAAGCUGGUCAGCUUUAAUUUCUUGUUCACCAAAAAGUUGUUUUGAAGGAAAAUGUCAAGAAGCUGUGGUUCUCUUUUUCAAAGUGUUAAGUAAUUGUGCAGCUCACCAGCAAGGGAGAGGAUCAUUUUUUGGAAAUUGUAUUCCUUCACAUUUGAAGCAGAUCUUAAUCCUUAGAAAUCUCCCCUAGAAGAGGGCAGAACAUGCUAUGGUGCUAGUUUUGUCUUAGGUUCUUAAUUGCUUUUUUAAAAGGAGAAUUGAUCUGCCACUUACACAUAAAGUAUACCAACUAAGUAAAAUAAGACAUCUCCUGGGUGGAACACACACACACCAAGUACAUGAACAGGUCUUACCUCAAAGACUGAAAGUUUUCUGCAUUUGUGUAGAUUGGUCAGAAGACUACCUGGUAUGAAAAUGAACCUAGCAAUGGAUGUCAUGAAAAAAAUGAAAAUAGAGCCAAAGGUUUUUUUAGCUAUUCCCAUCUGUAUCCAUGCCACAAAAUUGUAUUUACUAAGGAUUCGAAUUCAGUCAUUAAUCAUAGUGGUGGGGAGGGGGAAUGAAAUGGCUACAUUUCUUUUUUCAUAGGAAAUGCUUUAGUUACCUCUAAUGCUUUAGAUACCUUUUAUAAAUCCAUUUUUAUUGUCACACUUCAGUGGCAGAUUGUUACAAAUCAUUUAUUCAGCUGAAUAUCAUAAUGUUAGAACCACAUUUCUUUUUGUACUUGUUUAGUUCAGCUUGGUGGUAGAAGCUCAUUUAUUUUGUUGUUAUAAAACUUGAGGAAAUAACAACCAUAACUUUCAAGUUAUGCUUGUUUUCUUAUUCCUUUGCCUAUAUAUUUACAGGGAAGCAUUCUCAGCAUUGAGUGUCAGUUGAUUACUGUUAACUUAUUAAGCAAUAAUCUAGAAGUCUAAAUAGUAAUGCCUUUUUUGGACAUGAAAUAUGUUUCGAACAAGUCAUUUUGGCAAUCAUGUGGCAGAUUGUCCAGUUACACAUAUAGAGGCAGUGUGGCGUAGUGGAUAGCAGGCCGACUUUGGAAUCAGGAAGACCUGUGUUCAAGUUCUGUCUCUGGCACAUAGCUAGUUAUGUGACCUUGGACAAAUCACUUAACUUUUAGUGUCUCAGGCAUUUCUCUAAAACUUGAAGUUACAGAUAAAUUAAUUGCCCGGUUUCAUCAGUGGACAGAAUUUACAUAUUGGGAAAUCUCUAUACAGAUGAAUAUACGGGUCUUGGACUAGCUUUCUAAUUCCCUAUCAAAAAAAGACAAAAACUUGACAAAAUACAGUUGAAAUUACUGGAGUACUGAAUUUAGUUUCAAAUUCCUUACAUUACUACAUAAGUCCAAUGUUAAUAAAUUUUUUAACGAAAAAUAUAUUAGGAACAGCUUCGUUAGCAUGAAGCAGAACAUUAAAUAAAUCAGAAGGCACAUUGGUAGGUAGGGAGAUUUGAAGGUAAGGCUGUCCAUAAAGACAGCUAAUAUGUAGCCAUAUGUAUUUUCCUCCCUGUUUAUAUUAAUUUCUUUUUUGUAAAACUUUUCUUUCUAAAUAUCAGUACUAGUAAAUUUGUUGAAGUUUAGUUCCGUGUGCACUUGGGUUCUUUUAACUAAAACUUUGCUAUUUUGGAUCCCUGAUCAUCCUUUUGACUGAGCCACUCUUUGUGGAGAAAAAAGAACCAAUUUGCUUCACUUGUAAUUCCUUUCUGCACAGAAGAUAGACGGUCCAACCUAGGUAAGAGGUUUGGAAAUAAAAGCUUCAGUGAUAUACUCUUCUUCCAAAUCGUUUUCCAAAAAUUAAUGAGAAAGAUACAUAUAUAUAUGUAUGCAUACAUGCAUUUAUAUGUGUGUGUGUGUAUGUAUAAAAUUAAGAUCGCCAUCUAGAACCGUUAGUGGUAACUUAAAACAGUAUCUGUCCAUGAAAAGAGACCUCACAAAUAUAAAUUCAAAAUUUCAUAAAACACUGACCAGCCCUCAGAUUGGGUAUAACAAUUAACAUUUGUAAUGAACAAAAAUUAAAUCAAUUUAAAUUCUUUGUAAAUAUGUGCUAGAAAAUAAAUUCAGUGUUAAUGUUUCCUGCGUGUACAGCUAAGAUAUUAUCAUUUGCUGUAUUUGCAUCACUUAAACCUACUGAUAGGUCAUUGUUUCACAAAAUAUUUAGAAGUGGUUAUUUUUUGUUCCUUUAAAAUUGUCAUAUGUAUUUUGAUAAAUGAGCAAAUAUUUGAGGAUACAUAUUGCUGGAUUUUUGCCACAUUUGUUUUCAUCCUUUUAAAUGGCGAAUAUUAAAUAGGCUAUUUGGACAAUA